AUGCGUUACCUCCCCUCCGCCACCGCCCUCGCGGCAACACUCAGCAGUCUCGCAACCCUCACCACUGCCCAAUGCAACAACCAAGUGGCAGCCUUCAACCCCAAUCUCCGCACCAUGAGUUCAAACUCCACCUGGUUCAUCGUCCCCGUGCCCAAAGCCGCCGCACAAAAAGCCGUAGACGCCAGUUUUCCGGGCUACGGCCUGACUUUGUUGGAUGUGCCUUCGGACCCGAAUGUGUUUCCCGAUGGAUUCCCCAGCGGUUAUCAACCGGUGUUGGUUACGACGGGGUAUACGGAUGAUAUUCGAAUUUCGGCUCUGCAGAUCGAUGGGGCACUUCCCCAGGGAACGAUUUAUGUGACGUAUGUGUCCAAGGGUGGAAGUUCGACUCCUUUGGCUGCGCAGGCCAGUUCAUACAUCGCCGGUGAAAACGGUCCUCUCCCCAACGGUCUCGUCCCCGCCGUCGCCUCCCCUCUCCUCUUCGCCGGCAACCCCGUCCGACUAGGUCAAUUCCAACCGCAAAACGCCGCCUACCAGUCCGCCGGCGCAGGACUCCUCAGCACCAAAGUCGCCUGGGCCAUCGUUCCCAACCCGAUUUCCGGUCCAGGAGUUUAUCCAGAAGCCUUCGACAGCACUUUCGCAUCCACGAAUGCACCUCGCUACAGUGCAGGCACGUUUAAACAUUUGAUUAACCAGCCAAUCAUCUUGCCGAGUAGAUUGUGCCAGAGGAAUACGUAUUAUUUUAAUAAUGCUACUGCGCAGCCUGUGUUUGUGAAUGGAAAUGUCACGUUGGGUCCGGGUGCGAGUGGUUCGAGUGUGUUGAAUAGUGCGCUGCAGCAGGGAAGUCCUGAUGGGACGAGUGGAGUGUACACUGAUGUCGAGGGUUACUCGGCAUGUGCCCAGAAUGUGGGGAACAACCCCGAAGAUUGCGACCAAGCGGGACGUACAGUGGAUCCUGCUUCUUACCGAUAG